AUGCUCCAUCUCAGUCAGAAAAAAAAACAGGCACCAGUAAAUGAAAAAAUGCUUUCAGAACUUAGUCAGCUCGAAACAUAUAAUGAACUAUUACCAAAGCUUUCACUGGCAAUGUGUAAUUCCAAACAUAUAUCUGAAUCAUUAGGAUGGUAUACAGAUGUGCCAAUUAGUGUAAAGGACAAAGAUGAUAAGAUUGUUAUGUCUACUGGAAAUUUUGCUCAUAUUAAUAAUAGUAAACUCAAACCAAUGUUAUGUUUAGAUAUGAUAUAG